CCGCGUCCCGUGCGACCCUGCGAGCCUCGGGCGGCCAUGGCGGAGCCCCCGCGGCCGCAGCGGAAGCUGUCCCGGGUCGGGGAGAGCCUGUACCGCGUGCUGGGGCUGCAGAAGGGCAGCUCCCCCGAGGAGAUCAAGAAGGCCUAUCGGAAGCUGGCUCUCAAGUACCACCCCGACAAGAACCCCGAUGACCCAGCGGCAGCCGAGCGCUUCAAGGAGAUCAACAGCGCCCACGCCACGCUCAGCGAUGUGGACAAGCGCCGCCUGUACGACCAGUACGGCUCCCUCGGCCUCUACGUGGCCGAGCAGUUCGGCGACGAUGCUGUCCGGCACUACUUCCUCAUGUCCAAGUGGUGGUUCCAGGCACUGGUGCUGUGCUGCGGGGCCCUCACGUGCUGCUGCUGCUGCUGCUGCUGCUUCUUCUGCUGUGGGACGUGCUGCCAGCCCAAGGAGGAUGAGUCCUACAAGUACGUGGACCCCAAGGACCUGGAGGCACAGAUGCGGGCAGAGGACAGCGAUCCUCCGGGCCCUGUGGUAGCGCAGCCCCCGCCUGCCAGCACAGAGCCGCUGCCAGCCAGCGCCAGGAGCGAUGCCUGAGGCCGGCCCACCCCGCCGGCUCCCAGCACUGGGCAGGAUCCUCCUCCCUUGGGACUGUCACUUUCCGGGACCGCGGUCCCGCCCCCGGGCUGCCUCAUCGGCCUCGGAGGGAUAGAAUCUCAGGUUAAUUUGGCCAGCAUCAAUGCACAGGCUGCCGGGCCCCUGCUCGAGCUCCAGGGCAAUGCCCCCGUGUCCAGCGCUGGUGGUGGCAGUGGCCUGGAGCCCGUGCUGCCGUGGCCCCUCGAGUGCCUUGCCCGUGCCCAGGUCGGGCACCGAGCCCCGGGCACGAGCAGAGAUGCUCCGGGCCGAGCUCUGUAGCUCUGUGAGACCAUUAGCACUGUAACCUCGGGGCUGGGCUGAGCCCGCCCCUCUGCAGCCCUCCCGACGGGUGCUGGGUGCCAAACGCUGCUGCGGGCUUGGGGUGCUCCUGCGUGUACCCCUUCCCUCUGCCCUCUGGGAUUGUCUGGGUUUUGUGGGCACCAUUAAAGGCCGACGGGAGGGGA